AUGACGGUGACACCAUCGAUGGCCGUAGCUGCAGCUGCGGCAGUUGCAGCUGGUGGUACUAUUCCUCCGCUUCAAGGAUCUCUUCCAAGUGCCCUACCCGGUGUUCUUGGUUCAUCGUUACCUCUGGCACCGAA